AUGUCGACUCAAAAGUUUUACCAACCGAUAAUACAACGUUUUCCCGAUAGACCCAUUAAAGAAAUUGCCAAAUUAAUCUCCCUCUUUCCCCCUUCCUCUUCUUCUUGCUCAAAUUUCUUCACAUUCAAGCAAAGUCCCAAUCUUGAAACCCAUUUAGCCGUGGUUGUAGACUUGUUAAAAUCUAAGGAGUUUGCUGAAGCCGAGAAUAAAUUGAAUGCUGUUGUUGUUACUGAUGGUAUGAGGAAACCAGUUUCAAAAAUAGCUUCUUUGUUGAGUGAGAAUCAUGUUAAGCGUAAGGUUAUGGGGAAGAUGUUUAAUAUGUUAUUUAGUGUUUAUGUUAAUAACAUGAGGUUUAAUGAAGCUCUACAAGUUUUUGAUUAUAUGAAAAAAGGGUGCUUUAGAAUUGAUGAUAGAGCUUGUAUGGCUUACUUGCUUGCUAUGAAAAGGCAAAGGCAAUAUGACUCGUUGUUCGAGUUUUUCCAUAAGAUGGUUGAGUUUAAUGUGAAAAUUACAGUUUAUUCGAUGACGGUGGUAGUUGACGGAUUGUGUAAAAUGGGGGAGGUUUGUGAGGCUAGAAAGCUCGUGGAUGAAAUGGCUAGUAAAGGGGUGAAGCCAAGUGAUUACACGUAUAACAUAUUGUUACAAGCAUAUAUGAAGAUACAAGAUUUUGUGGCUGUAAUGGAGGUUUUGAGGAAAAUGGAGAAGGAUGGUUUUGAUCUCAAUAUGACUAGUUAUACACUUCUGAUUAAAGGAUAUUCAACUUUUGGCGAUCUUGUAGAGGUUGAGAGGUUGUUUAAGGAAAUAGAAGAGAAGGGUAUAGAGCCAAAUGUUCAUUUAUGCACCUCCAUGAUUAGUGGUUAUAGUAAGUUAGGUAAUGUUAUGAAGGCAUUUUCAAUGUUUGUUGAAAUGGUGGAGAGAGGCCUCAUUCCUGAUGGUCACACAUAUGGAGCUUUGAUAAAUGGCUUCUGCAAGGCUGGACUAAUGCAAGGAGCUGAAGUUUUGCUAAAUGAAAUGCAAGGCAAGGGCAUUAGCAUAGACCAGGUCAUAUUUAAUACGAUGAUGGAUGGUUACUGUAAGCAAGGUAAUGUGGAUGAAGCACUAAGGCUACAGACAAUUAUGGAGGGUGAAGGACAUCAGCCUGAUGCAAAUGCUUACAAUAUAAUUACUACAGGCCUGCGUAAGCUAGAAUUGUAUGAUGAAGCAAAAAUGUUGUUGCUCUCAAUGGUGGAUCAAGGUGUAGCUCCAGAUACAAUUAGUUAUACAACUUUGAUCGAUAUUUAUUGCAAGCAGGGAAAUUUUGUGGAAGCAAAAAGGGCACUUAUUGAGAUGGAAACUAAGGGAAUUAAGCCUAGCACGGGAACGUACACUACACUGGUAGAUGAUUAUUGCAAGCUGGGAAAAAUUGUUGACGCACAAAGGAUACUUAGGGUGAUGGAAACUGAAGGAGUUAAGCCUAACACAACAACAUAUACUGCAUUGAUAGAUGGUUAUUCCAAGCAAGGAGAUUUUGUUAAAGCUAAAAGGAUACUUAUUGAGAUGGAGAGUAACGGAGUUAAGCCUAACACCAAUACAUACACUGCACUGAUAGAUGGUUAUUGCCAGAAAGGUAUGAUGAAUGAAGCUUAUAAGCUAAGAAUUGUCAUGGAAUCUAAGGACUUGGUGGCUAACGUCUAUACAUACACCUCACUUGUACAUGGGGAAUGCAAAUCAGGAAAGGUAGAUGAUGCUCUGAAGCUUUUCAAUGAGAUGCCUACAAAGGGUUUAGUUCCGAAUGUUGUGACUUAUACAGCAAUGAUUUCUGGCUUAUCAAAAGAAGGCAGAUCAGGUGAAGCCCUCCGAUUAUACAAUCAGAUGAUAGAGGCAGGCGUAAUACCCGAUGCUGCUGUAUACUCUACACUUAGUGUGAGAAAUUCUUCUCUAUAAACUUGUACAUCGUGAACUUUAUUUGGAUUAGAUUUAGCCAGUCAGAAGUAUAUAUAGCAGAUUGUUUUUUAAUUAAACUGGAAUUCACUGAGUUAAACCAUUAGCCAUUGUACGUGUGCUUUUGUAUAUUUUAUUGUUGUAGAAUGCUUCUAUUAUGUCUAGAGUUUGUAUUCUAAUAUGUACAUGUGCAUGUCAAAAGGAUUAAAAGUAAGGACCAUAUCUUGUGCUUGUUGAAAAGAGAAGUCUUCAUGUGCAGUAUAUAGGUGUAGACCCCAUACUUGUAAGUUGUAACUUGAUAUCAGUUGCAUGUUGAAAAUAUGAAGGUUAAGAGCCAUUGCUUGUUGGAUAUAGAAGAGAAA